GAUGUAAUGGGCGAAAGACAGAUACAGGUGACGGCCUAUCAGUCCCUUAAGGGGGCUAUGAUUACGGGCACCUGUUCUAUGGUGGGCGGCCUAUUAGGCGGACCCGUAGGUCUGGCGGUCGGAGGCGCCUCCGGAGGAGUUUUGGCCGCUUUUGUCACAAAAGGCACUUUCAAACCAAUCGCACAAAUACUCAAUGAAUUGCCGUUUGAGAGGAAACGACAAAUUGCUGAAGAAAUUCAAGUAAUCAUUGAUAAGCUAGGAGUGACUGAUUUGACAGAUUUGGUCAAAAUUGCUGUCAUUUGUGGUUCACUCUCUCAAUCGGAUCCCAAAACCAUUUUAAUGCAAAGAUUUAUCUUGAAGAAAUUCAAGUAA